AUGAGGCCAAGAUCGAGCGCUGGUCACCGUACGGGUGGAAGCGGCAGCAGUGGUGGCCCUGGUGGUAGCGGUAGCAGCGGUGGCACUGGCAGCAAUCGUUCCCGCGUCAACAUGAAGCGUGUGGUGGUUGGCAACGUAAGCAGUUGCCGACGUCGACGACCAGCACCUACCAUUCCGAUGCAAAUUUGCGAGCCAUCUGGCAAAGUGAUAGCGACCAUACAGGAAACGACGCCAGAUAGUGGAGCAGAAGCUACCGUUGGUGGCAUGGAGGUGCUGCGCCAGUUGGGACUAUCGGAGCAUGACCUCUCACACUGCCCGUUCGAUCUUGUGAUGGCUGACAAAUCGACCCCUCUUCUUGUAGUGGGUGAAAAGGAAUUUUGCGUCAAGUACGAAGGAGGGACGGCAGCCGUAACUAUUUUAUUCAGCCCGGAUGUAGAGGGAUUUCUCGUAGCCUGGCAUGAUUGCAAGGCUUUGGGAAUCCUUCACGAAGAUUAUCCGAAACCAGUCCGGAAGACGGCUACGGGUAUUUCAAUUAAAUCCCUUGCGUCAACCGUUAAACCUGAAAACCCUUGUGGUUUUAUAGGCCCCAUCCCGUCGCACCCCACCUUAGACGAUGUCAAGCGGAUCGAGGAGGCCAUUGCAGACGGUUACGCCGACGUGUUCGACCAAUCGGGUGUUCUAAAGUGCAUGGAAGGCCCAGAAAUGACAAUUGAACUCAAGGACGACGCCGAGCCGUACCACGUCAACGGGGCCCGACCAAUACCUUUCGCCGAUCGACCGGAAGUGAAGCGCUUGCUGGAUGAAUACGUGGGCAAAGGUAUUAUGAUGCCGGUAACCGAGGCCUCAGAAUGGGCGGCCCCCUUAUUAGUUACUCGUAAAGCGGACGGGUCUUUGCGUUUAUGCGUGGAUCACACCAAGCUGAAUCGUCAUGUCCGCCGACCAACGCACCCGACCCGCACGCCGCGGAACGCCGUCGCCGAAAUCACUGGAGACGCCAGAUUUUUCACAACUUUCCAUGAAGCCAAUGGGUAUUUCCAGAUUCCCCUUCACCCGUCAUCCCAACAUCUAACCAUAUUCAUGACGCCAUGGGGCAGAUAUAAAUUCCUCAGGGCAUCCAUGGGGCUUUGCAGCUCCAGUGACGAGUAUAACCGGCGCGCUGACGUCGCCUUCCAGAGCGUCCCUAAUACCGUCAGGGUCGUCGACGACCUUCUCCGCUUUGAUCCCGCGUUUCCGGAACACAUCGCUGGAGUCUGCGCCGUGUUGUCGGCCGCUAGGAAGGCCGGCAUCACCUUCAGCCGAAAUAAAUUCUGCUUUGCCAAGCAGCAACUCCAGUGGGUCGGAUACCAGAUACGGCCAGGUGGCAUCACGGUUGAUCCUGGUAAGCUGCGGGCAAUUUCUGAUUUUCCCCGCCCAACUAACAUCACUGAACUCCGUUCCUUCAUGGGUCUAGUUGAACAGCUCGCCGGGUUCUCCACUUCGGUCGCCGCAGCCAAGGCGCCUCUCCGCCACUUGUUGAGUGUCAGAACACCUUUCGAAUGGACCAACGACCACGACACAGCUUUUGCCGCGGUCAAGCAGGCGCUGUUAGCGCCGCCCAUCUUGGCCCAGUUUGAUCCAUCGCUGGAAACGUCUCUUCAGGUGGAUGCAUCGCGGAAACACGGCAUGGGAUACGCCCUCUUACAGCUACACGGGUCUAUAUGGAAACUGGUCGACGCCAACUCCCGAUGGUGUACCGACACAGAGUCCCGCUACGCCAUCGUGGAGCCGGAACUGGCUGCCGUCGAGUGGGCCAUGAGGAAAUGCAAAUUAUACCUACUCGGCCUGCCCAUGUUUCAGUGGCGCAAGGGCCGCGAUCAUGCAAUUCCGGACGCUCUAUCCCGUGCACCUGUGCACGACCCCGGUUCAGACGAUGAAGCCGACAACACAGACGUCCACUCCUUCGCGCAACGGAUCAUCGUACGACAAGUCAACAUUAUGCAGCGGGAAGACGAGGAACCAGAGCCCAUCGAAGACCCCCCACACUUACCAGAUCCUCUACUAGAUGACCUCAGGGCCGUAGCUUCAACGGACACCGAUUACUCAGCGCUCAUCACCGCAAUUUCUGAGGGUUUCACCACCAAGAGGGAGCGUACAGCCCAAUGCGUCCGGCAAUAUUGGAAUAUCCGGACGGAACUGUCCGUGGAGGAUGGCCUCGUCUUGUUCGGUCGGCGGAUCGUUAUCCCUAAACCAACCCGCCGCGACUUACUACGGAAAUUGCAUGCGGCUCAUCAAGGUAUAGUGCGCAUGAAGCGUCGCGCUCGACAAACCGUAUUCUGGCCUGGGAUUUCAAACGACAUCACCAUGUUAGUGGAGAGCUGCGAUUCAUGCCAACAGCGACUUCCAGCCCAACAACAGGAGCCUCUAAUGUGGGACCCCCUACCCUCGCGUGUAUUCGAGGAUGUUUCGGUCGACCUUUUCCAGUCUGGUCCUCUUCAUUUCCUCGUCUAUGCGGACCGCCUGUCCGGAUGGCCAAUCGUGCACCAGUGGCGCCAUGAUCCGUCUGCUCGCGAAGUGACCCAAGCAAUAAUCGAAAAUUUUGUGGAUCUGGGUGUUCCGGUUCGCCUGCGGUCGGAUAACGGCCCACAAUUCGACUCUAAUCUCUUUCAGUCGAAGCUACGUCAGUGGGGUGUUCAAUGGGGGAAUUCAACGCCCCAUUAUCCACAGAGCAACGGACACGCGGAGGCGGCGGUCGCCGCCAUGAAGGAGCUCGUGACAAAAAUUUCAACUAGCGGCGAUCUGUUUUCCGACGAAUUCUCUCGCGGGAUGCUUGAAUUCCGGAACACCCCAAGGGAGAACGGCGUGUCGCCAGCAGAAAUGGUCUUCGGCCAUCAGUUGAGGUUCAUCAUUCCGGCUCAUCGGACGUCAUACGCCGCACGAUGGCAGGCCGUCAUGGAAGGGAGGGACCGCCAGGCAGAAAUCGACGCAUCCGUCAAGUUCCGGUACGACAAACACGCACGCCCUCUGGCCCCACUUCUUUUGGGCACCCACGUACGGAUUUGGAACCCCAAGCUGAAGCUGUUGGACAAGGUGGGAGUCAUUGUCAGCGUCGGGCGCUAUCGCUCCUACCGCGUCAAAUUCGCAAGCGGCCUUAUGGCGGAACCGCCGUUUCUUACGCCCAAUGAUCGCCGCCACGCCAGCCAAUGA